AAUCUGAAACGCGUGUAUAAACUUUUUGACACAGCUGAGCUUCCAUAACCAGGAAGUACUGUGCGUUCCAGAUAUGUGUGUGCGUUCCAACUGCACUGGCCGCUAGGAGGAAGUUUGUGAACUAAUGAGGCCGGCAGUUUCUUUAUUCAUCAGAGCUUAAGCUUAGCUUCCUACUGGCAACGCUGUACAGGACAGACUAGUGCAUCCCCAUACUCACAGCCAGGCUCAGCUUACCACGAGGCAGCACUCCUGGGGCAUAAGUGAGGCAGCUAUAAAAAUGGCAGAAGAAGCAGAAGCAAUAGAUGUUGAUGGUAGCAUCAUGGAGGGGGGUGGCCAGAUCCUGCGAAUCUGCACUUCUCUGAGCUGUCUCCUGGGGCUGCGGGUGCGUGUUCUGAAGAUCCGAGCAGGCCGAAGUACACCAGGACUGCGGCCACAACACCUUUCUGGACUGGAGACUGUUCGGGAUCUGUGUGGUGGGCAGUUGGAAAAAGCAGACAUAGGGUCCACUGAGAUAAGCUUUACACCUGGAAAGAUAAAAGGGGGAGCACUGAUGGCUGAUACAAAGACUGCUGGGAGUGUGUGCUUGCUGCUGCAGGUUUCCCUUCCCUGUGUUCUCUUUGCUGAGACCCCAUCUGAGCUAAUCUUCAAAGGAGGUACAAAUGCAGAGAUGGCCCCACAGAUUGACUACACUACAAUGGUCUUCAAGCCAAUUGCAGAACAUUUCUCCUUUAAGUUGGAUUGUGACAUCAGGAGAAGGGGUUACUACCCUCGCGGUGGAGGGGAGAUUCUAGUCCGUGUUUCCCCGGUCAAGUAUUUAACCCCUAUUAACCUGACAGAUCGGGGGACAGUCACAAAGAUCUAUGGCCGAGCUUUUGUAGCAGGAGUUCUUCCCUAUAAGAUGGUGAAGGAUAUGAUUUCAGCUGCAGUACGCUGCAUACGGCGGGAACUAAAGGAGCUAUAUGUGAAUAUCCAAGGCGUACAAGAACCCGCAGACAAAGCUGUGGGAAAUGGGAGUGGGAUUAUUAUUAUUGCAGAGACUUCCACUGGUUGUAUGUUUGCAGGGUCAUCACUGGGAAAGAGAGGAGUAUCUGCAGAUCGUGUCGGGGCAGAGGCUGCGGAGAUCCUUCUCCGGAACCUGCGUCAUGGAGGUUGUGUUGACGAGUACUUGCAGGACCAGUUGAUUAUUUUUAUGGCUCUGGCAGAUGGGGUCUCCCAGCUGAAGACGGGACCUGUGACCCUGCACACACAGACUGCCAUCCAUUUCACAGAGAGCCUCACUAAGGCCAAGUUUACAGUGAAGAAGUGUGAAGAACCAGACACAGAUAGCUAUAUUAUAGAAUGCCAUGGAAUUGGCCUUCAGAAUAAGAAUGUCUGAUGAUAAUUCAACCAUUCAAGUGGAUAGAGAGGCCGAUGUGUAAAUCUCUCGAGUCCAGCAUGGCAUGCAGUGCGCAAAGCAUGACACAAGGGGGCAGCAUAUAGAAAUAAUUUGCUUUUUUAUAGUCUCAUAUCCUGAUUCUAUAUGAAAAAUAAUCUGACCUUUUGAGGUGCAUUAAAUUAAGUUUAAGUUAAUGUUUUAUUGCUGCACAAGUGACGUGACAAAUACCUGUUAGUGCCAAUACUCCAAAUAAAAUUAGACGUUUAGGGUUUUGUUUAGUUAUUUUAUAUUUACACCCUGACUUCCUCUGCAGACUUCUACCUGUUUAUCAAUAUAAACCAGUUCACCUUUGUUGUAUGUCUCUGUCUAUCACACAUACAAGUACACUGGUGUCUGUACAACAUCAAGUAUAAUAUAUCUAGUAUACAAGUUGCUUUAGCUAUAACACAAAUCUAUAUUUAAAGUUUGCCAAACAUGAUCCUUCCGCUUGGCAUGAGAGCCUAGUAGCAGAAUACAUGGCUGCAUCUGGAAAUGGACAGAUCAGAAAAAGAUACUCCAUUUUUUUCACCCACAUAGCUGGCCAUGUUACAUUGGCUUCAGUAGCUGGGCAUGAGUUCCGGAUUAUAGGUCGACCCCAUAUGGUGGACAUGUAAAAGGUCAAUAGUGCUUAAUGUUGACAGGUUCAAAUGGUCGACAUCCAUAUGGUCAACACGAGUACUUUUCCAUAAUUUUCCAUCCACUUGCACUGUGAUUGGGAAUAGUGACCUUCCUGAAGCAUAGCGAGCCCAGGAUGGUACACGUUUCCACAAAUUUGGCUUACGUGUGUUUUAAACAUACAAAAUGACAUUACAAAAAAACAC